AUGAUGCCUUCCCUAAACAUACCUCCCGACUCCAAGGUUCCGCGACGUCUAGCCUCUGAUCCCUUGCCGCAAGAUGGAGAGUUCCGCGUCCCUGCUCUACGACCAUGGGACCGCGAGUCUUACAACAGCACAUACAACAUGGAUCGCAACCUCCGCUUCAUGAACACCAGUAUCCUAGCCGAUCUUCACGGCCUAUCUGUUGUCCCGCAAAUCUACCAAAUGCUCUUCCAUCGUACUCGCGAAUUCGCCGCGAGCGUCCACAAGCUGGUGGACGUCGCGCCAGCAUUGUGGGCAGAGGCGGCAUGUUUACUGGUUGAUUGGGGCGUCAACGUUCUGCGACACAAGGAGAUCAGACUGGAUCGGUUCCUACAUAGCCAACGCGAGAGUCUGUAUUGGAUUUUGGACGAUGCGUUGUUGACGAUUUGUGUGGAUCAAUGGGAUCCACCAUCCUCACAUCCUACCCAACCACGCACAUCUUCAUCAUCGACCCCCAAACUCAUACCAUGGGACAAAGCUACAGCACCAGUGACGCUAGCGUUGUCAAGGGCUCGAGAUCUGCUGCCGGUAUGGGCCGCGCAAGAUCUACAAGAUUGGGAGAAGUGGGGGUUCGCCCGCCCAUACACUCAGGCUCGGUACAUGACCGCUGGCUGGUUCCGUCGAUCCACAAAGUUCCUGCACGAAAGCAGCAGGAUAUUCGAAAUUUGGAGGACUAUGAAGCGGUGGGGCGGCGGCCAGCUCCCUACUGAGCUGGCGAAUGUCAUUAUGGAAGACGUAGCAACGUCUGAGAAGCUUCCGCUGGGUGACCUGCGGCUGCAUUAUUUCCCGAAGGACAAGUCGAGAGCGCAAUUGAUAUGA